AUGGGGAUCGUCUCCUCCGGCUCUGCUUCUCUUUCUGCUGCUGACCUGGCUGCUGACCCGGUGCGGCGCAGGCCCUUUACCAGCCUCCCCACAGCAGCACAGCAGCACCCAUCUGCUGCAGCAGCAGCACCAGCAGCAGCAGCAGCAGCAGCAGAGAAAGGGGGCCCCCAAGGGCCCCCCUCUUCUUUCCCGAGAGAAGGCACAGUACCCGCAUCCAAGCCCCCCAUACCCACCAGCGCCCCGCCCCCCUCUACCCCCUUCACCCCCAAGACAGGCAGCAUAGCGACAAAGAAAACCCCAGAAGAGAAGCAGGCUCAGCCGCCUGCUGCUGCAGCAGCAAAAACAGCACCAGCACCAGCAGCAGCAGCAGCAGCAGCAGCAGGAGCUGGCAAGGCUGGGGGGGGGGGCCCACCAAGCAGCAAGCCGGCGGGGGCCGGGGCCCCACUAGGGAAAACACUACCCCCCGUUGCAGCGAAGAAAGACUCGCCUGCAGCCCCGAAGACCCUCAGCUCCCCCGCAGCGAAAGCAGGGGGGCCUCCAGCCCCCACAGCAAGCGGGGGGGGGCCCCCAACAGCCAAAGGACCGGGGGGGGGGCCCCCAGGUGCAGCAGCAACAGGAGCAGCAGCAGCAGCAGGAGGGAAAUUGCCAGCGCCACCAGCAGCAGCAGCAGCAGGAAAGGGGGAGGGGCCCCCAGCACCCAAAACCCUGGGGCCCCCAACCACCAAAAGCCCUACAGGACCACCGGGGAUGCCGAAGAAGACCAGUGGUCCACCACCAGCAGCAGCAAAGACAGAGGGGCCUCCAGGCUCUCCAUCACCCAAGAAAGAGACAGCUCUGCCUCCUAAGAAAGAAGUACCCACACCAACACCUGCAGGGGCCCUCAAGGCCCCGGGGGCCCCUGGGGGGCCCCCAGGGGGGGCCCCGGGGGGGCAGCAGCAGCAGCAGCAGCAGCAGCAGCAGGAGCUGGCAAGGCCGGGGGGGGGGGCCCACCUAGCAGCAAGCCGGCGGGGGCCGGGGCCCCACUAG